GGCCCUUACUCUCAAAAUGAGCUUCGACGACGGUGAUAUGCUGCUCGAGUGUCGUUCUCUGUGCCUGAUCACGCCUGGAAAGUUCCAUCCUGACAUCCGGGGGCACGGAUGAUUACGGUCCCAUAUAGAUAGACACAGCAAAAGCAACCUGGAAAAUCGUCUCAGUGCUUCCGUGGACAUCCUGUCCGAUCUGGCGCCCACUUGGCUGGGCAUUUGUGUCACAUUUAUCCACCGAUCCCGCUGUCUCGAUCAUCUUCUUCUCCUCCCGCGCAAGAUGUAUACUGUUUUGUCUUUGGCCCAGCCGUCCAAGCGGUAACUUCCUGCGCCCGCAGCUGAAUCGUUCUCGACUCCCCCUUCUGUCAUUGGACGACGGCUAUCGGGCCAGGGCUCGGAAUGCUUGUUAGCCAUGGUUGGCGUUCCGGGGAAAAGCAAGGGUUGCAAUACCUGUCGGCGCCGGAAAAAAGGUUGUGAUCAAAAGCGCCCCGUAUGCGGCCAGUGUGCCUCCAGUGGCCUCAAAUGCGAAGGCUACAACCGUGAUACGACCUUCAUCAUCCACCCUGCCAGCAAGGCCGUCGAAAAGGCAGUCUUUCUACCAUAUGCAAGACCGGCACCGAUUGCACUCCCAGGAUCUGUUAAUCGCACCGCAGUGGAGUCACAAUGUCGGAGUCUCUUUUGGGAUUUAUACAUGCCUCAAGGAGGUGCGGCUUGUCGAGAUGCGUUCAUCCUCCGAUGCGGGAAUCCAAUGAACUGGGCUGAAGUCAUCCAACGUGUCUCCAACCAGGAUAGGUCCCUUGAAGGUGCCUUUUCUGCGCUUAGCAUCUCAAGAGUCGGCCAAGGAAACAAGGAUGUCCGCCUGGUCCACGAGAGUGCCAAGAUCUAUGGCAAAGCUCUGAAAGAAUUGCAAGAGGCUCUCUUUGACCCUAACCGGAUGUUCUCCAAUCAGAUCCUUAUGGCUUGCAUGCUUCUCCAGUUAUAUGAGGUCCUGGAGGGGCCUGCCUUCAACUCGCGAAGUUGGAUGGCACACGCUCGAGGAGCUGCUCGACUCAUUCAACUUCGUGGCCCAGAACGGCACCAAGACUGGGACGCUCACCAUCCGUUCCUUGCAUCUAGGAUCCCGACUGUGUACGCCUCGAUCUUGCAACGAAAAUCAACUUACUUGGCUACGAAGGAAUGGCUCACUGUGCCGUGGGCAAAGCAAGGGCAUCGGACCUAUUUCGAUGUUAUGGUAGACCUUGCCACUAUUGUUCCCGGAGUUCUGGAAAGAUUUGAUCAUCUUCGCGAACGUGGAGCCGACGGCCAUGAGGAGCUCAUCCAGCUGCUUCAAGAAUGCAAAGACCUCCAGAUCCGAAUGAACCGGUGGAAAGACGGCACGAAGAAGUCAGCUAUACCUCGCUCAAUCAAGCACGAACCUGUUGAUGAGGACGACAGUUAUCCAUUUGAGACGGAUCUCUGGUUCGAGAAUCAUUUGUUUGUCCACGCUCGUCUGGUAUAUUAUACCUGUUCCCUCACUUUAGCCGAAGCUGUUGAAGAUAUUCUGCGCACUCCAGGUCUGCGAGAUCACGAGUCCUUCAAACUUGUCGACGUAAACUCUUUGAGAGAGAUUUGCGAUGCAGGGCGAUAUGCCGCCAACAUAUGCCGCUCUGUUUCCUAUUGUUUGCAGCCGGAAAUGGGAGCUUGGGGUGCAAAUAUCAUUAACUUCCCAGUCAGCCGCGCGUUUGCAUUCUAUAAGAGAAUAGGCGACGCUGCAGCAACCGAAUGGCUGAUCAAAGCAUUCCAGGCCGCAAAGAGGCGCGGUUUUCAUGCCGGACAUGUUUCGAGCCUGCUGAUGUCGGGUCCUAAAGUGAAGGAAGUCCACGGUGAUGCUCUCAUCAAGAGAGAGUCGAGCUCCGAGUCCAGUCCAGAUACGACGCUUACGGAACAAUCGCCUUCCUCUAGUCAAAGCUGGGCCAGCAGUACGACAACAUUCAUCUACGAAGACCCUGCUAAGGAUUACCUUGAUGCCAGCAAAGAUCCCGGCUGAACCAAGUCACGCUCAUCUUCAUCCUAUACUUUUAAGUCUCCUCUCGGAGACCGAAUUACUCUCGACGCGCUCUAUGCGGAAACAGGAAUUCUUCGCCUCAAAUAGGAAAUGUUGCGCCGAAAGAAGUUGUUUCUAUAAUGGACAGGGGCGGGGUCCUGCACUGAGGUUCUGUCUCUGUCUUCAGGUGCCCACGACCAACACAGGUAGCACAGGGAGCAACCCGAGAUCGCCAUCUCAGUCGGACAGCUUCUCAAGCACCUGAGCCAUGUAGGUCAACAUACAAGGUCUGCACCUCGAUAUCUGGGGUCCUUUGUGCUGUCACAGCAUGCAUCCGAGCUCCUACCGGAGUCGCCUGCCAUGUCUACGGCCUCUGGUAAUUGCCCAAGAGGCCAAUUCCGAAUACAGUAACAGUACUCUCUGGAAACAGCAGUCGGCACUAUCUGACCCAACAAUUGGAUGAAGGGACUGUUGAUGGGCGGGGAAGACCAUCAACUUCCAUUCUGUUGACCCAAAGGCGCUGUCGUAAUUGACAAGCUCGCUUUACGACUCAUUCUACACUUGACUAAAAUGCCUGAUCACAUUAUGGCCGACCAGCUACCGCUGUUGGAUCUCAGCAGUACGUCCGUCAGAGAACAUUUUGGCUAUAGUUCCUUUUGAGUCGAUCCCCAAGGGGGGAUAUUUUCAUAUAUCAAGCCAGGAAUAUGAAUUAUUUAUAGUCACGAACACAUCUACUAGUAAUAUACUGCUCAAAUCGCGCUUAUUGAUGACUCAAGUAAAUCCGA